CUUCAUCCUCUGCGCGAAAUGGCGGAGAAAGUUGGCAGAGAGGUUGAGACAUUUGCUGAAGAUCUGGACAAAUUUUUGGGCUCAUUAUCAAGUCGCAAUAAAUUUGAGGCGGUGCUUGACCUUGUGGACAACUUCAAAAACGUGGCGCAUGACGCCGCGGCUGCUUUGGAAGAGAAUUAUCGAAAAGAGUGGUCGCAACAGUUGAGACAGGAAUGGCAGCCAGAAAUCGAUACGUCAGGAGCCGCGAAUAUGUCCGGCCUAUCAAUCAACUCAAAGCCUCCUCCACUAUCAGCAUCAAAAGCGAAGCAAGUACAAGCCUUAAGAAACUGGCAACAAGAGGCAGAUAUUUGGGAAUUGUUCCGUAUCGUGCUUGAAACCCAUCACAAUCCCGACCAAGAAUCUGUGAAGAGGCGGAAACAACAGGCUCUGGAAGAUCUGGGUCCGCCUCAUCGAUAUAUGGAUGAGGGCGAGCUUUGGACGCGAUUCCUGAUCGAUAAUGAUGUAGCAAGAGAGCGCUCCAAAAUUAAAAUUUGGCUUGAACAGGCUGUAGACCAUCAGCACAGCGACUUGCCGGACAUCACACAGGAGCUUGAGACGAAAGCCGGCAGAGGGAAGGGCUUGUGGGCUCAUGGCUGGCUUCAUACACGUGAAAAGGUCAAGCAUGAGAAGAGGUUGCGACCCUGGUCUAACCGGUCGGAUACAGCCUUGCCACAGAUAAAACGCAGUGACAAUGGAGAUUCACUUGUCACACAGCUAGACCCAGAUGCUGCUACGCGCCAAAACCGGAGCCUAGAAUCUCAAGAUGCUUUCUUCGAACAAGCGAUAUGGAUAGCAUGCUGGGAGAUGCUGAGGAGAGGCAAAACAUGGGAAGAAGUGAGCGAAUGGUGCACGGAAAGGAAGGAGGGCUGGCGCGCGCUUGCCAUCGGUAAGGCGGCAGACUCGUCAUCUGUGAUAUCAAACGUAAUCUGGAGAAAAAUGUGCCUAUUGGCCUCGCAGGGUGAUUGCAUCAACAAUUAUGAAGCGGCCGUGUAUGGACUGUUGGGAGGGAAUGCCACGGUCGCACAGAAGGUCUGCCGCACCGUGGACGAACAACUUUACGCCCAUUACAGCGCUACGCUCACGAAACAAUUUGACCAAUAUGUUGCUUCUCAAAUUCCAGCACGGAUUUCAAAUCAACGACCGCCGAUUUCGGAGGAUGACUUGAGGAAUCCACAGGAUGCCAUAACGGAGCUGAUCAUCAAAUUGCGAUCUCAAAAGCAGACUUCCCGCGAGUCAGGUCAGCCAAUGAAGAUUGUCCAGAGUUAUCUCCUCGCCAAUGAGGCGGACAGCCUUGUCCACACGAUCGGUUUUGCGUUGUCCGAUGCCGAUAAGCUCACGGAGAAAAGUGCUGACGAGGAUAUGAUGGUGCAUCUUGGCCAGCUGGACAGCAUUCCUGAGGCAGAAGCUGCAGUCGAUUCACACGUCCUCCGAAUCACCACUCACAUCGGAAUCAUUCUCAAUAUUCUUUCAAGUGGCAUGCUGGAUGGUGAUGAGAGGGAUGCGGAGGAAAAUGUGCUUGUCGCAUAUAUACAAUCGCUGCGAGCAGCUCGGAAACGCGAUCUCAUCCCCGUCUAUGCCUCUAGACUACAAGUACCACGGUAUGUGGUUGCCAUCUCACGGGUCAUGCAGGAUAUCACCGAAGUACGAGAGCAAGAGCAAACGCUCAAG